AUGAACGACCUCAUACCGAAGACCAAGGGGAGAAUUGGCAAGAUAUAUCACGAACCCUUGGUUGGAAGUGAUGCAGGUUUUGUCAAUGUACACUUCCAUGUCAUCCCGGUACCCGGCAGACUAUUUCAGAAGCGUAAAAGAUCUUUAGCGAUACAUGGAGUUCCUCCUAGUUGUAUCCAGAAGCAACCUUUCUUGCGGGAGAAGAUGGGAGCUUUACGACAGAAACCCGAAUAUGACGUGGGAUCACGGGGGACUCCACAACAUUCAUUGAGCCGGCACGAAUCAUUUACAGCUGUAACUUCAGAGCGAUCAGACACAUCUGAUGUCCUACUGGCUGAAUUCCUCGCAACAACUGAUGGCCCUAUCAGUGCCAUAGCCGGAUCUUUCAGGAACGCAAUAUCGAUUGGGAACCUCCGGCAUAUCUCACGCAACAGCAAGGGAGAUCUUCGUCUUGAUAUCCCGCGCUUGUAUCCUGCUGAGGAAUGCUGGCUGGCUAGACCAAACGAUCGAAUACUUAUUGGAGUAGCGAUUGCGAAUGUGGCUAAAGGGGAGAUGAGACGGCGGGGAGAAUCGUGUCUUGUGUCUGGCAACGCAGCCUACGAGCUGAUCUCCGAUAUCUUCCGAUGUCUUUCUGAGCCUGACCCUUCAAACACACCAUACGCGUUCAACAUUCCUUUCGCAGAAGCUGAUAUGUAUGUCAUGCGUGUCCCAGAAGAACUGAAGAUGAGCCUAGGUAAUACAAUGGGACCAUGUGUCAGAUUAUGGGCUUGCUACCCCCCCACUCCGUAUAACCUCGACUUGAUAUACCGUUCCAAGGACAGCGAGCAUAAGUUCAUCGCACUGUCGAACUCCCUCGAGCGCGGAUACUACAUGGUUGCGAACCACAAGGAGAUGGUGUACCUACCAUCCGGAUGGCUGCAUGCCGUUUACACCUUGUCUGGCGGGGUACUUGUCGGCAUCAAUUGGCGCGCAGCAGUUGCCGGUACACUUGUAGUAUCAACAAGCAUGUCUGCUCCCAUCGAUCCUGGCCGCGCAGGCCUCCUCGCAAAGGCUGCCGCAGAGCGCCGCCUCCCUCAACAACAGAACAACCAAGAUACAGGUAAGGCUCCUCGCAUGAGCGCUGACAAGUCCAUCACCGAUCAGUCUGCCCUGACAUACAACACCGCCUCUUCGCAAUUGAACACGCAGUCGCGGACUGUCGCCACGGACUCACAGAACCGCCCGGCCCGUACCGUCCCUGAGCGCGACGAAGACGACCACCGCCCUCGCUUUAAUGGCUCCGCCGAUGCCCGUCCCCGUCUCCCUAGCACCUACGAGACCACCGAACUCGAAAACACAACCCACUCAAAUGAAGACAACGACUUUGAGCUUGACCAAACCCUCCUCGACAUCACCGCAGGCCACCAGCUGAACCUGAACGAGAUCAUUAUGGACAUCAUGCAGUCCAAGACCGACAACACCCUCAACGCCGACCACCUUGACCUGACGGCCUUCGACGCUGGCGACUUUGCCCAGAAGGUCCAGGCUGAACCUGCCAUGUGGCACGCCGCCAUUGUCGCACUGCAAGAACGCCGCAAGAAGGACCUGGAGGCCCUAGACGACCUUACGGUCCUGGAAGAGCAAGUUGUGGAACUUGAGACUGCCCUGACUGAGAGUCGCGCUGCUGCUGAUCACAACCGCACCGCCGCCGAACGCCGUGCUGCCCGACUCACCACUUAG